GGCCAGGGCAGCGGCGGCAUGGGGCGGUUGCGCUGGCGGGCGGCGGCUACGGCGGCCGUGGGCCUGGCGCUGGCCCUGGAGGUGCUACCCUGGGUGCUGCGCUGGCUGCGGUCCGGGAGGCGGCGGCUGCGGCGCGAGGUGCUGUUCUUCCCGUCGCAGGUGACCUGCACCGAGGCUCUGCUGAGGGCGCGGGGCGGGGCGCCGGCCGGGGAGCAGGCCGCGCUCCCCGACUGCUGCUUGUGCGGCCUGCCUCACGGCGAGAGCUCGCUGAGCCGCCUAAUGCGCGCCCUGCUGGCCGCCCGCGUCAGCCUGGAGCUCUGCCUGUUCGCCUUCUCCAGCCCGCAGCUGGGCCGCGCCGUCCGGCUGCUGCACCAGCGCGGGGUGCGAGUGCGGGUCGUCACCGACUGCGACUACAUGGCCCUCAACGGCUCACAGAUCGGCCUGCUGCGCAAGGCAGGUAUCCAGGUCCGGCAUGAUCAAGACCUGGGCUACAUGCAUCACAAGUUCGCCGUCGUGGACAGGAGGGUGCUCAUCACUGGCUCACUCAACUGGACCACACAGGCCAUCCAGAACAACAGGGAGAACGUGCUCAUCAUGGAGGACGACGAGUACGUGCGGCUUUUUCUGGAAGAAUUUGAGCGCAUCUGGGAAGAGUUUGACCCUACAAAGUAUACCUUUUUCCCGCAAAAGAAGAAAAGUCACUGA